AUUAUUUUAUGUAGAAUCGUCUGUUUUAUCUAUAUAGAGCACGUAGUACUUUCGGCUAUUUGUUUUCUAUUUUUAUAUUUAUUUCUUUUAAUCUGUUGGACGUGUUUAAAUUUUAUCAAAGAAAUGUCAGGUCUUAGCCAACACCCGCUCGUUUCCAAAGCUGAAGAAGUCGCCGAUGAGGUGCUGAGACGAACCAAAACAAUUUUACCCACUUUGGCCAGACUGUGUCUCAUUUCCACCUUCUUGGAAGAUGGAAUCCGGAUGUAUUUUCAAUGGAAUGAACAGAGAGAAUACAUGGACAUUUCUUGGGGCUGUGGAAAGUUUCUAGCCACGAUGUUUGUCAUCAUCAAUCUCUUUGGGCAACUGGGUGGUUGUUUCAUGGUUCUCUUACGCUGGAAAGUUGAUAUUGCCUGUGCCCUUCUCUUUGGCAUUGUCUGUAUGCAGACUGUGGCUUACAGCAUCCUGUGGGAUCUUCAGUUUCUGUUUCGAAACUUGGCACUGAUUGGAGCUCUCUUGCUUGUUCUUGCUGAAAGUAGGCAGGAGGGAAAAUCUCUCUUUGCUGGUGUUCCAACCUUAGGUGACAACAAACCUAAAAGCUAUCUCCAGCUUACAGGCAGGAUUCUGUUGGUCUUCAUGUUUGCCACUCUGCUGCGUGUAGAAUUUUCAUUCAUGCAGAUUCUCCAAAACGUCGUCGGCUCCGUUCUUAUGUUGCUCGUUACUGUGGGUUACAAGACCAAGUUGUCUGCACUGAUCUUGGUUGUGUGGCUCUCAUUCUUGAACUUCUACUUGAAUUGCUGGUGGACCAUCCCCGGCUACAAGGCGAUGCGCGACUUCUUGAAAUACGAUUUCUUCCAGACUCUUUCCGUCAUUGGCGGUUUGAUGAUGGUUGUUUCGCUAGGACCUGGCGGCGUCUCUAUGGACGAACACAAGAAGAAAUGGUAGGCCAAUUCGCUAUCGCUCAUUCUGGAUACUAAAGGAAACAGCCAUAAACAUCAAGCAAUCACAGGGCAGGGGAGUCGUUUUUAUCCGAAAGACUUAAAUUUUUUACAACUA